AUGUCCAACCCCCGACCCUGGCACCACCACCUCACGCUCGACCUGGUCCUGCGCGUCCUGAACCGCACCCUCCUGCACCCCUGGGUCGCCUGGAUCGGCGUGCUGAGCCUCCGCGCCCAAGUGACGCCCUACACGCACCCGGCCUUCAUCCUGACGACCGCCUACGCCGUCCUCCUGACCGCCGUGGCCGUCGCGCGCGUCGUCAACCGCCGCGUCGCGUACGGCCUGCCGCGGCCCGUCGAGCCCAGCGACGAGGUCGUCGUCGUCACCGGCGGCGCGAGCGGGCUGGGGCUGCUGAUCGCGAGGGUCUACGGGCUGCGGGGCGCCAGUGUGGCGGUCCUGGAUGUUAAGGAUGCUAAGGAGUUGGAGGGGAUAAGGGAGGAGAUGAUGGCCGGGGUGGAUUAUUAUCGGUGUGAUAUUGGGAAUCGAGAGGAGGUGGAGAGGACGGCGAGGAGGAUUGAGAAGGAUUUGGGUCCGCCGACGGUGCUGGUCAAUUGUGCCGCUGCUCGUGUCAAUGGCCAGCCGCUGCUGUCCCUGUCGGCCGAUGCUUUCCAGAGAACCAUCCAGACCAAUCUGCUCGCCGUCUUCCAUACCUGCCAAGUGUUCCUGCCUCGCAUGUUGGCCAGCCCGACCGGGGGCACCGUGGUGAACGUGAGCUCCGUGCUGGGUCAGCUAUGUGCCGCCGGUCUCGCCGAUUAUUCCGUGAGCAAGGCAGGUCUGAGCGCUCUCCACCGCACACUGGAGGCCGAGCUUCGUAGCUCGGGAGACGAUGAGAAGGUUAAGCUGGUCCUGGUCGAGACUGGGCAGCUGGCCACGCCGCUGUUUGAAUCCGUCAAAACACCGAAUAGUUUCUUUGCGCCCGUGCUCGAACCGGUCCACGUUGCUCAGGAGAUCGUGUCGGCGAUCGACGAAGGCCAGGCCGGUGUGAUCCGGAUGCCCACGUUCGCCUCGCUGGUCAAUUGGUAUGCGGUGUUGCCGGCCGGUCUGCAGCGAAUUGCUCGGGCUCUGAGCGGCAUCGACCACGCGGUUUCAGGGACAGACAAAGUAGCGGAGCCUUCAAGCCAAUCACCGCAAAAAGAGCCGUCUUCCGAUACAGACUGA